AUGUUUUCGUCACCCAUACCAUCCGUGUCCAUUCCAUCAACUGAUUUACUCAGUUAUGUGUUUGGGGGUAGCGACCCUGUUGACCCUUGUUUACCGAUCCUCAUUAGCGCAGAGAACCCUGACCAUGAGAAUAUAUCCAAGCCACAGGCUAAGGAUUUGGUCCAGAGGCUUGCCCGAGGGUUACAGGUUGCGGGUUUCCAACCCGGUAACACGAUUUGCCUCUUUUCUUCAAACAAUAUAUACCAACCAAUCAUCAGCCUAGGGUCCGUGGCCGCUGGCGGGGUCUGGACAGGCAUGAACCCGGGACUGUCAGAUGGCGAGGUAAAGAGGCACCUGACCAAUUCCAACACCAGGUUCCUAUUCUGUUGUCCUACUCUUCUGGCGAAGGCUCUUAGGGGAGCUUCUGAGUGCGGAAUCCCGAAAGCAAACGUCUUUACUAUUACGCCUUUAACGACGAAGGAUCCGACACAGAACCCAUGGACUAGUCUCCUCGCUCAUGGCUCGUCACCCUGGACAGCCUUCGACGACGAAACAAAAGCAAAGUCCACCACCGCAUGUCUCUACCCGACCAGUGGUACCAGUGGCCUGCCCAAACUCGCCAUGUUGAGUCAUCACAACGUCAUUUCUGCGGCAGUGCUCCUCAACGAGGUCGAAAGACGCGACUACCAGGUGAGACAGGUCAUGUUAUGGCCCAUGUUUCAUGCUGCAUCUCUUACAUGGUCCCAUAUAACACCAUUGCGUCAAGGCUGGCAGACUUACAUCCCAUCAAGGUUCGAUCCGUCCAAGUUCUUGGAUAUUGCGGGACAGUUCCAGUGCACUGACACGGGGUUGGCUCCGGCCAUGAUGUUGGCUGUCCUCCACAACGACCUUCCUGACCACGAAAAGCGCAGAAAGCUUUCCUCCAUGCGAUAUGGGGUCUGUGGCUCAGCUCCAGUGGGCCCAGAGCUGGAACGCCGUUGGCGGGAGAUCAUACCAAGUAACUGUCCGUGGAGUACGGCUUACGGCAUGACGGAGCUUAGCGGUGUCGUAUCAAAGGUGCACUAUCCAGUGCAUGACAAUACUAGCAGCGUCGGGGCCUUGAUUCCAAAUACGGAGGCUAAGCUCUUCGACGACGAAGGUAUUGAGAUAACGGCCUAUAACCAGCCUGGUGAGCUGUUUAUCCGGGGUCCAACCGUAUUCAAAGGCUACUACAAGAACCGGGUUGCCACCGAUGAGUGUCUUGAAUCUGGAUUCAUCCGAACAGGUGAUGUUGUUUACAUAGAGUCAGAGAGCAAGAAGCUGUUCAUCCUAGACAGAAAGAAGGACCUCAUCAAAGUCCGGGGCUUUCAGGUUGCACCAGCCGAACUAGAGAGUGAGCUCUUCAGUCAUCCGGGAGUGGCCGAAGCCGCUGUUGUGGGAAUCACGAACGCAAGCGGCAUGGAAUGCCCUCGAGCAUACGUUGUUCGGCGUCAGGGGAGCAUGGUAAGCGCGGCCGAGCUGGUCAACUAUCUCGGUUCUAGACUGCCUAGUUACAAGCGGCUGACCGGCGGGGUGUGCUUCAUGGAGGCGCUUCCGAGAAACGCCAAUGGAAAGCUGUUAAAAAAGGAGCUUCGGGAACUGGCAGCCCGUGAACAUCGUAGUAGUCCCUUGUGA